GGACUCAGACAGACAGCAGACCGGCUGUCCCAAGCUGCGCUGAUCCUUCACUCUCCGGCACCAAGCUGGAGUCCGCCUGCUGCCUCCCCUUUAUCACCAGCCACCUGCCUCUCCGAGAAUAACACAGCGGCACCAGAAAGCUCAGGGGGCGAGCACAGCCAGAGCAAGGAAGCGAGACAAGACACUGACCUGUGUCAUCCUUUUUCGGCAUCCAAACAAACCCCCCUCACUUUCCACCACAACUUGUCCUGUGGGGAGGACAGGCUGCGCAGAGGGCGCACUUGGCGACCCGGGUUUGUUUGUCGUUACCAGGAGAGGAGCCGCUCAGCGAGCCGCACAGCCGGAGCUGCUACAGCUCUGCGCGUGAAACCGGGCUUACCCCCCUCACACAGGAGCCACUUGCAUGGAUGCACCAUGGCCACGUUUGUCUGCAGGGUUCAGUUUUUAGAUGACACCGAUCCGUUCAACAGCACCAAUUUCCCGGAGCCGACAAGACCACCGCUGUACACCUUCAGGGAGGAUAUCCCACUCAUCAACCAGUUAGCUGGCGUCCACCGGCUCCUCAAAGCUCCACACAAGCUCGAUGACUGUGCGCUUCAGCUUUCCCACAAUGGCACCUAUCUGGAUCUGGAAUCCUCUCUGGCUGAGCAAAGGGACGAGCUGGAGGGCUUUCAGCAGGACGACACAGGGUCCAGAGGGAAGAAGCACAGUGUUAUUUUACGGACCCAGCUGACCGUCCGUGUACACGCCUGCAUCGAAAGACUGUAUAACUCCAAUGGACGUGACUUAAGAAGGGCACUGUUCUCUCUAAAGCAAAUUUUUCAGGAUGACAAAGAUCUGGUCCAUGAGUUUGUAAUGGCUGAAGGUCUGACGUGUCUCAUCAAAGUGGGAGCAGAAGCUGACCAGAACUACCAGAACUACAUAUUAAGAGCUCUGGGGCAGAUCAUGCUGUAUGUAGAUGGGAUGAACGGUGUCAUUGGUCACGCUGAGACAAUCCAGUGGCUGUACACGCUAGUUGGUUCAAAGUUCCGACUGGUGGUGAAAACAGCUCUGAAGCUGUUGCUGGUGUUCGUGGAGUACUCUGAAUCCAACGCUUCGCUGCUGAUAGAAGCCAUCACCUCUGUGGACACCAAGAGAGGCUGCAAGCCGUGGUCCAAUGCUAUGGAGAUCUUACAUGAAAAGGAUGGAGUAGACACAGAGCUGCUGGUCUAUGCCAUGACCCUCAUCAAUAAGACACUUGCGGCACUGCCAGACCAGGAUUCAUUCUAUGAUAUGGUGGACGGUCUGGAGGAGCAAGGCAUGGAAACAGUAUCCCAAAGACACCUGGGGCGGAAAGGCACUGAUCUGGACUUGGUUGAGCAGCUCAACAUUUAUGAGAUGACCCUACGGCAUGAAGACGGUGACGACGACAGCCAGCCUCCACCAAUGGGACGCCGGGACCGCCGACGAGCCAGCCUCGGGGGCGGGGACAAAAAGCGUGGCCUAGAGAGGAGGCGGAGCCGCAGGGCCUCUCUUGGGCGAUCUGGUCAUGCCUCCCCCUGCAGCCCAGCGUCCCCGCAGAGAGCCAGCUUCCAGCCUUUCAGCGGGCAGAGAGCUGAGGACAUAAGUGAGAGCCCGGCUAGACAUCUUCCAUCCAUUGUUCAUAGAACAACCCUGCAGUCCAUCACCAUCACUUCCAGAAAGGAGAAUAUCAAAGAGGAUGAACAGAGGAAUCGGACUGAACCACCUCCAGCAUCCAGCAUCCCCUCCCCCGCUUCUCCUACUUCCUCUCUCCCCAUCUCCUCCCCUCUCAGCCCCCCAGCCCAGCCCUCGCUUCUGGCCACCCUGCUGGCCAGGAAGAGGUCUACUGUCACUGUCCCGGCUACCAAAGAGGUUAGUCCGCCAUUGCGCGGUAGCUCACGCCCCUCCACUGACCGUCUGCCCUACCUGCCCCACUCACCCUUCCACCUCUUCUCCUAUGACCUCGACGAGGAGCCAUCGCCCUCGGCUCCAGUCAAACCCAGUGAGGACUCACCCAAAACGCCAUCUCCCAGGAACGGAGGUUUCACGUCCUACUCCUCUCUCAGCAGUCCAAGCACACCCACCGGCUCCAGGCCUGCUCUUGGAGGUCUUCUGUCGUCCUCGUACCGGCAACACCAGGAAUCUCUGGCGGCUGAGCGAGAGCGCCGCCGUGUGGAGAGAGAGGAGAGACUGCAGAGGAUAGAGAGAGAGGAACGGAACAAGCACAGCCGUGACUAUGUGGAUAAAAUGGAAGAGGCCAGGCUUGCGCGGGAGGAGAGGUAUAAGAACGUGGAGCGUCUGGCAGCAGAGGAGUACGAGAAGGAGCGUGUCCGGGUCUCGAGGACUCGCCCUGACCUCAACCUGACCUUUGAACCCUCGGAGGCCUGGCCCUCGUCAUCACGCAGCAGCACCCCAUCCUCCUUUGCCUCCCAGGAAGACGCAGAGGCUGACAUUGAAGCUGAGGCGCCUGCCACCCCCUACACACCCUCUGAAACUGGUGAGGCUGAUGACUCCAGCACCAGUGUAGAAACAGAAGAAAAAGAGGCAGAAGCCGCCGCUGAAGAGGAGGAAGAACAGAGAGAAGAGGAGGAAGAGGAAGUCCAAGAGGAGACAGCAGCAGAAAAGGAGGAGGAAGUCGAGGAGCGUGAGCAGGAACCGGAGAAAGAGAGAGAGGAGGCAGAGGAGGACAGCGGCAUCCUGAGCGACAAGGAACGACAGAAUGAGGAAGUAAAUGAGAAGGACAACUGCUCGGCCUCCAGCAUCUCCUCUGCCAGCAGCACUCUGGAGAGAGAGGAGAGGGGGAGCACUGAGAAUGGCUUUAAGGAGGCAGAGGUGAAUGAGCAGUGCAGCAAACUCCUUAACAGCAAACUCUUCAUGCUGGACAUGCUGUACUCCCAGAACAAGAAGCCCAGUGAUGAGGAGGAGGAAGAGGAGGAUGCAGAGAAGGAGAAAGAGAGAGGAGAGGAGGAGGACAAAGAAACCCAGGAGGAUGCUGAGGGGCAGCUGGACGACGGUCAGCAGAGCGACAACAGGUCUGACAAAUCAGAACACCGGGGGAGCAUCCGCCCCUUCGCUGAGCGAUUUGGAGACUUGAUCAAGGACCUCGGUUCACCCCACCCUCAGCUGGAUGCCCCAGCCAACGAGCCCCCUCCUCCCCCACCCAAAAAGGAAUCGGACACGAUCUGGGACCAGCUCCUGGCCAGCCCCCGAGAGCUGCGCAUCGGGGACAUCAACUUCACCGACCUGACGGAGGAAGAUGAUAAGGACAUUCUGGAUGCUGUUUUGAUGGGAGGAUGUGGCGACCUCCCGCCCCCACCUCCUCCUCCACCCUUCAUCCCCCGCUUCCCUCCACCCCCACCCAUGCUAGGCAGCUGCCCCCCACCUCCUCCCUUGAUUGGGAUUAUGAGGCCUCCACCUCCUCCUUCCAUUAGUGCUUCAAUUCCAGUGCCUCCUCCCCCUGAGCCGCCUCUGUUCAACAAGAAGAAGAAGACAAUCAGGCUCUUCUGGAGCGAGGUGCGUCCGACAGACUCUCAGUACAGGGACUACAAGCGGAGCGGAGACUCAUUCUGGUCCAAACUGGAUCCAGUUAAAUUGGACACAGCUAAACUGGAGCACUUAUUUGAGUCCAAGUCGAAGGAAAUACCAGUUACAAAGAAAACAGCAGCAGAUGGAAAACGUCAGGAGAUCAUCGUUUUGGAUUCCAAGAGGAGUAACGCCAUCAACAUUGGCCUGACAGUGCUGCCUCCUCCUCGCACUAUCAAGACGGCCAUCCUUAACUUUGACGAGUACGCGCUCAACAAGGAGGGCAUAGAGAAAAUCCUGACAAUGAUCCCCACAGAGGAGGAGAAGCAGAAGAUUCAAGAGGCACAGCUGGCCAACCCUGAUGUCCCGUUAGGCUCAGCAGAGCAGUUCCUCCUCACUCUGUCCUCCAUCAGCGAGCUCUCUGCCAGACUCCAACUCUGGGCCUUCAAGAUGGACUACGAGGCAACUGAGAAGGAAGUAGCAGAGCCGCUGCAGGAUCUGAAGGAGGGUAUGGAGCAGCUGGAGAAGAACAAAACUUUACGCUACAUCCUCUCCACACUGCUCUCAAUCGGAAACUUCCUCAAUGGCACCAAUGCUAAAGGCUUUGAGUUGACCUAUUUGGAGAAGGUUCCAGAGGUGAAGGACACGGUCCACAAACAGUCUCUGCUGCAUCACGCCUGCUCUGUGGUGGUGGAGAACUUCCCACAGAGCACUGACCUCUACUCUGAGAUUGGAGCCAUCACACGUUCUGCAAAGGUGGACUUUGACCAGCUGCAGGAAAAUCUGUGUCAGAUGGAGCGCCGCUGCAAAGCCUCAUGGGAUCACCUGAAGGUUAUUGCCAAGCAUGAGAUGAAGCCCCAGUUGAAGCAGAAGAUGUCUGACUUCCUCAAAGACUGUGCUGAGAGGAUCAUCAUCCUCAAGAUUGUUCACCGCAGGAUCAUCAACAGGUUCCAUUCUUUCUUGUUGUUCCUCGGUCAUCCAGCGUACAGCGUUAGGGAGGUCAGCGUCCACAGGUUCAGUAAGAUCCUCAGCGAGUUUGCACUGGAGUACCGAACCACCAGAGACCGCGUGCUGCAGCAGAAACAGAAACGGGCCGACCACCGCGAACGCAACAAGACCCGAGGAAAGAUGAUCAUGGACGUCAAUGCUCCUUGCGGUCGGUAUGGCUCCAGCAGCAACAACAGCGCCCCUAGUGGCAGCCAGGAGAGCGAGCAGCCUCAGGGCCUGGACCACGCUGAGGACGCCGCAGAGCACGAGCACAUGAAAGCAGUGCUGAGGACCAGCCUCAGCGGUGGUGACAAGGAGGCCAGCGGGGUACCGGGGCUUCGGACACGGACAAGAUCACGGCCUGGACGAGGAGGUCGCAGCAUGCAGGCGUGGACACCACCCGUGGAGGACGCUCAGCUCUGUGGAGAUGACGCCGCAGACGAAAUCAUGGAGCGCAUCGUGAGGUCGGCCACUCAGGGUCCAGGAACCAGAGCUCAGCCCAGAGAGAGGAGGAGGUCCAGGGCAAACCGCAAGUCAUUGAGGCGGACUCUGAGGAACGGUCUGACACCAGAAGAAGCUCUUGCUUUAGGACUAACUGAUUCUCCAGAUACACAAUAUGUGAUCACCUCCCCCUCCCAUCUGUCCUCAUUGCUGUGGAAUCACAGUGGCAAGGCUGCCCUCCUUCACCAAGACUUUACAUCGUUGUAUUCCACCAGUUACAUGCCCCUUUAGGUUUUUGCCAGCUGCUAAUCUUUGCCUGAUGUGUCUGAGUGAUGAAACUGCAGCCAAGAUAGUGUUUUUAAUGCAACGCAAAAAAAAAAAAUCCCCCCAAAGAAGAAGGGGAAGUGAAGAAAAGAGAAUGUGUUGAAUGAGGACUGAUGUAUUCAACUUGGCACAAAGGAAAAAAAAAAGAAAUCAGUGAUGCUGCCUCUACACUGAGCUGAAACAUUUUUGUAUUUAUAUAAACAUACUUUAAACAUUGCAUUAGUCCAAAGGGAUAAUUUCUGCUUUACGUUUCUGCAGCUGCGACUUCACCAUAUUUCAUUUAUUUAAGCUGUGAAUUUUGGUUGAGUUUGUUCAUUUGGUCUCUUAUCCAGUUUCAAAGAAUUCCAAGAGAUCUCCACAAACAAAGAGGCCUACUAAGAAUCAUCCUUUGUGAAAAUGCAGAUGUUGUUCUGCAGCUGCACGUUUGACAAGUGGUGAGUGUAGCUGUGUUUAGUAGGAAUGUGAAAGGUUUUCAUUCUGAUGUGUGCCUUUCAUUUAAAAGGGACGUUGCUGCACCUUUUCACCAUCUCUCCCUAUUGUUUUAUUCACCUCCUACUUCUCAGAUGACUCCCAAAUGUCACAGGUGUGGUUAUACCGAGUGUUGAAUACAAUUACCUUUUGAUCUCAGUAUUUAUUUGCAAAGCUCAGACAUCUUGCACCUUAUUCAGCAUUAAUAGUCAGUCAUUGCUGAAAUGAACAACUGACGCGAAACACAAAAAAGGAAGUUUUUAUCUCAGAGGAACUGUUUGUAAAGUGUAAAAAGACAAAAAGAUAAGGACGUUUUUUUGAAUUUUAAUAAUCUAUUUGAAGGAUGUGCAGAGAAUUCUGCAUAAAAUGUGUAAAUGCCCUUGUCAGCUGCCAGAUAGUGUGCAUGUUUAGUGUGGUUCAUGUUCUGUAUUAUUUUUGUAAUUUUCUGUAGAAACUUGUAUAAUAGUCUGAGAGAAAGGAAGAAAAGAGGCUAUUCUGUGAACUGUAAUUAAAAGACAUGGAAGAUGUGGUCA